AUGAACGUGCAUGGGGCCAUGCUACACCUGCUGACAGGCAGUGAGCCCCUGACCAUUCUUCCUCUGACUCUGGAGACCGAGGCAGCAGCCCAGGCACACUACAAGGCCUGUGACCGGCUGAAGCUGGAACGCAAGCAGCGCCGCAUGUGCCGCCGGGACCCAGGUGUGGCUGAGACACUGGUAGAGGCUGUGAGCAUGAGUGCACUUGAGUGCCAGUACCAGUUCCGUUUUGAGCGCUGGAACUGCACCCUGGAGGGCCGUUACCGAGCCAGCCUGCUCAAGCGAGGCUUCAAGGAGACCGCCUUCCUCUAUGCCAUCUCCUCUGCGGGCCUGACACAUGCACUGGCCAAGGCAUGCAGUGCAGGCCGCAUGGAACGCUGCACGUGUGACGAGGCACCUGACCUGGAGAACCGUGAAGCCUGGCAGUGGGGUGGCUGUGGAGACAACCUCAAGUAUAGCAGCAAGUUUGUCAAGGAGUUCCUGGGCAGGCGGUCGAGCAAGGAUCUUCGAGCCCGAGUAGACUUCCACAACAACCUCGUGGGUGUGAAGGUGAUCAAGGCUGGGGUGGAGACCACCUGCAAAUGCCAUGGCGUGUCUGGCUCCUGCACAGUGCGGACCUGCUGGCGGCAGCUAGCGCCCUUCCACGAGGUGGGCAAGCACCUGAAACACAAGUAUGAGACGGCACUUAAGGUGGGCAGCACUACCAAUGAAGCUACCGGCGAGGCAGGCGCCAUCUCCCCACCACGGGGCCGGGCCUCAGGGUCAGGAGGUGGUGAUCCACUGCCCCGAACACCAGAGCUUGUACACCUGGAUGACUCUCCCAGCUUCUGCCUGGCUGGCCGCUUCUCCCCUGGCACUGCAGGCCGCAGGUGCCACCGUGAGAAAAACUGUGAGAGUAUUUGCUGUGGCCGUGGCCACAACACACAGAGCCGGGUGGUAACAAGGCCCUGCCAGUGCCAGGUACGCUGGUGCUGCUAUGUGGAGUGCAGGCAAUGCACACAGCGAGAGGAGGUCUACACCUGCAAGGGCUGACUCUGAGCCCUGCCAGCCCUGCCAUGAGGGGGUAGGCAUUGCACAAAGUGCCAGAAGAAUUCUACACUUGCAGAGGCUGAGCCCUUGGGCCCUGCCAGCCCCACUGCAGGGGGUGUAGGCAUUGCACAGAGUGCGAGGGAUCUACACCUACACAGAGCGAGCCCUGCAGGUCCAGCCAGCCCUCUGUGUAGGGCAUAGGCAUUACAUACAGCCUAAGGGGUCUAUACCUGCAAGGAAGGAGGGGUGGCCCUAGCACAUUUGGGUCCUGGUAUGUGACAGCUGGUUGGCGUCUGGGUUGGCUCUUUCCUUUCUCAAAGGCCCAGAGAUGGGGCUGGCCCUGUCUGGUCUUCUCAACCCUCCUGCUUAUUCCUUGGGCCUGAACUUCCUCCCCUGACCCGAGAGCAUUUCAGUAAUGCUUUCUCAGUUGUCUCUGUCCCUGACAUCCCAGUCCCAAAGUGUGGUCCUUGUCAGGGACCAGUGUGUUGACUGGCUCUCCAUGCCUCUGGGCUCCCUCUGAGGCUUGGAGGGCAGGUGCACCUUCAUGACCAUGUGGCUGCCCAUGGGGACCAGGACUGGCCCAGUAGCCUGGUACCAGCACUGUCUUCAGAGAGCCAAACCACUAGGAGAGAACAGCCACUCUGUCUCCAGGUCCUGGCCACUGGUCCUCUGACCCUGAGCACUUCCUUGGAGUAUCAGUGACUUUUAAAUUAUUUUAAUAAUUAUUUUAUUAUUAUUAUUAUUUAACUAAUAUAGUAAUUAUUAUUUCCUCCAUCCCCUCACCUCCUAGGCUGCGGCUCUUUUCCUCUGACCUGCCUAAGCCCAGCCAAGCCAAUCUGGAGGCCCCUCCUCCCCCCUUCUCUGCACUCCGUCCUCCCCUGCUUGCUCUGGUUUGAAACCACUAAAUCAAGGUGAUGUUUGGAAAGAAACAAAGCAAGGGAGCUUGGCCAGAGCCCUCAGGGCUUCUAGAAGCCCCUUCCCAACCCUACCCUACCCAGGAAUCAGAGGCCCUUGGUGGCCCCUGCUCUGUACCCUACAGGCCCAGCAUCUGGGUGACUGGAUGCAGGUUCUGGGGUCCAGGGUGCUGGAGGUAUGGGCAUGGUGACAGAGGCAGGGCUAGCUUUUGAACAUCCAUCUCCUCAGGAAGUCACACUUUCUCUGUGUCACUGAGGGAGGCACAGAGGGACAGACACUUGUGCCAUCGUCAGGCUGUCUUCAUGGGGAAAGGUGGCUACACUGAGUUGGUGUUGUGUGUGCAUGGGUCGUAUGAGUGUGUGAAUGUAUGCACGCUGAGCUGGUGUGAUCAGUAUCUGUUUGGGCUGUGCCCCUCUGCAGCGUGGUGGCUCUUUGGCACCUAGAAAGUCUAGCCCUAGGCUUGUUUAUGUAGGAACCCACUGGGUGUGAGCUGAGGUGUGGGUGGGCGGCUGGCAUGGAGGCAGCAACUACUGAGGAAGGGGUGGCUCCCUUGGAGCUCCCGGGGUCCAGAAUGCCCAGGUGGAGGGGACUGUGUCUUAAAAGAAAAUCUAUUUAUGUGGAUGUGGGCCACUGGUCCCUCUUGGAUAAAUGUAAAUAGCAAAGUUUAUUCUCCUGUGGUUCAUGACAGCCCACCAGUGAAUGCCACAUCCCCAGGAUGGGAGUACGGGUGGCAAUGUGCAGCAGCGCCAGCCGGGAGGGGCUGGGAGGCUGGAUGGCUGGCGGGCAUAUCCCUUUGCUCAUCAGAUACCUGCACCCAGCCACACCCUCCCCGCAGACCAGAGCCCCAUUUCUGUUGGAUCUGGGGAAAGGAGCCGACUGGUUCAGAGGAAGAAUAUUUUUAUCGAAUACCACAUUUAGCUCUAUGCUCUCAAUAUUCAGAAAAGUAUUUUCUAAAACAAGGCAGACCGAAAAUGUCUGCCAGCUGGUUUGUUCUGUAUAAAUAUAUAUUAGAAUGUCUUUCUGGAUGAAGCAGCAACUCCUGCGGCCUGGAGCCUCUUUGACCUGCUUCUCUUCCAUGGGGCAGUGGAGUAAACAGUCGCCCCGCUCCUGCUGGCCACCCAGGGUACACUGUUGGCCCAACAGGGUGAUGGACACGCAAGGGAACCGUCUUUGUGUGGAGUCUUGUACAGACUGUGAUUUCUCUACCUCAUCUGUGUGGCGAGUAGGUGUGAACCUGAGUGACUGCAGAGAAUGUAUUUAUUUAAUAGCUUUGUGUAACAAAAUCAGAAACAAAU